AUGGCCUCUGGCUCUGGAAUCCAGAUACCAGUUCUCAUCCUUCUGCUCUUCUCAUUCCCGGCUAUCAUCCAUGGCUGGGGAACAGAUGGCCACUUGACUGUGUGCCAGAUAGCACAGGAACGUCUAACUAAUGCUGCGGCGGCAGCAGUGAAGGAACUGCUUCCAAGCUAUGCUGAUAACGAUCUAAGCAGCCUUUGCUCGUGGGCAGACAGGAUUAAGUUCCGCUACCGGUGGUCAUCGGAACUUCACUACAUUAACACACCAUACGUCUGCAAUUACAACUUCAACAGAGACUGUAAGGAUAAAAAUGGGGAGAAAGGCAGAUGUGUUUCAGGAGCAAUCACAAAUUACACCAAUCAGCUUCUCACCUAUGGAAACUCUUCUGCUGAUAGUUCCUAUAAUCUCACAGAAGCACUUCUAUUCCUCUCUCACUUCAUGGGAGACAUCCAUCAGCCACUACAUGUAGGUUUUGCCUCAGAUAAGGGAGGAAAUACUAUUGACGUCCAUUGGUACAGAAGGAAAACAGUGGUCCAUCAUGCGUGGGAUGAUAACAUUAUUGAGACGGCAGAAGAUCAAUUCUACGAGUCCAACGUGGAAGAUUUUGUCGAUGCAAUCAAAAAAAAUAUAACGGGAGACUGGUCUUAUCAAGUUCGGAAAUGGGAAAAAUGCUCCAAUAACGGCGUUGCAUGCCCGGAUAUAUAUGCAUCUGAAGGCAUCACUGCAGCAUGUGAUUCGGCAUACAAAGAUGUGAAAGAAGAUUCAGUGUUAGGAGAUGACUAUUUCCUCACCAGAUUGCCGGUGGUAAGCUUGCGGCUGGCUCAAGGAGGAGUUAGGCUAGCCGCAACACUCAACCGGAUUUUCGGAUGA